GGAUGUCAGAUAUCUUGCCUUAUUCUUCAACUGGCUUGCGGGUAUGCGGCGGUUCUGCUGGCGGGAGCGCAGCGAGAAGCUCAACUGGCGGUUUCUAGGAGCUUUGGACGUGUCCAAUGUGGUGCGUCGAGGAGAUCCGGCCGUGCUGGAGCCGUAUGCGCUUCACAUAACGUUUGCACGACUGCCCAGUACGUUGAAAGACUCCACAACGCGCGACGCCUGGUUCCUUGUGCGCGUCCUGCAGUUGGCAAUGGAAUAUCUGCUCUAUAUGCGAGCGAGAGAUGGCGACGUCUUGGAGUCGCUGAGUCAGGAGCUGCGGCAGGUGGAGCAGGAGAGAGAUGAGCUGGUGGUGAGUACCCAGAAGUGGAAGGCAAGGGCUCGUAGCGGUGACAAGCAGGUCGACAAACUGCACCAAGUGCUGCAAAAUAUUGCCAAGCUACUGCAGAUUCACGGAGCUUCACCGUCGGCGGUGGCAACGAUCGAGACGCUGUUAACAGAACUGAUAUCGGAGAGACGAGCGAAGCAAAAGAGCCGAGCAUUGAUGGAGAAAAACGAUGAAGAGAUAGCAAACGUGAGGCCUGCAGUGCAAGAAGCUCGCGUGUGUGGGUAUUGUGGGAAAUUAUUCUCGUCGGCUGAGUAUCUAGAGAAGCAUCUGGUGAGGAGACAUGGAGGAGAGAGUGUUAACGUGGAAAUACCGGUGAAGCAUAAAAUGCAGCAACUUUAUGAAGAAGUGAGGGAAACUAAGGCGAAAAAUGAGGACUCGGCGGCGUCUGAAGCCGCGAUGCAGAAGAUGGUGCAGCAAGUAGAAAAAGCACUGCACGACCAUGAAGAGAAGCUACGUUCACUUGCCGAAGAAGAGACACAAAAAGUUAAACAAAUGUAUGAGCGAUUACAAUCAGAAACGCAACGAGCAGAGGAAAUGCGAAUUAGUCGCCUGGCAGCUGAACAACAGCAAGAGUCACUGCGACAACUAGAGGAAAUCAAUUUACAGAAGCAGAAAGCUGAGGAUGAGCUGGCGGAUCUGAAGCAGCAGAUCCAUUUUCUUACAUCGAAAAAGAAAAUGAUGAGAACUCCGACUAAAGCUGUAGUGCCUGCUACCUUACCGGCGAAUAAUAAUGAUGCAUUAAUCGCGGCGGAGAUGGAGAUCAGAGAGUUACAGCAAACUCUCGAUGCUGUGAAUGCAGAGCUGGCAUUGGCAAGAGAAGAACUGACGCAGGUUCAGGCAUUGCACUUGUCCGCUCUAAGGAAGAAGAAGGAGCUAGCUGAUAAGUUGGCAUUGUCACGCGAACCCUCACCUGUUGUAAAGCAAGAAAACAGUUCACAAACGGAGCAACAUGCUAUGAUCAAUGAGACCGUGCAGACGGACGAGCAGAGUAGUCCUCUUCCUGUUAAAAACGUGAAGUUAACUGAGUCAAGUGCUCCAGAGUGUGCGGAUGUGGGGACAGAUCCGUUGACUUUGAGUUACGAAGAUGUGGGUAUUCAAACGCUUGGUAUCUCGCAAGAAUCAGAGCCUUCGGUAGAUGCUGAGGCGCGGGUGAGCAUAAUAGAUGACCUAGUUUUAGAACAUGAACCGGCAUCUAGCCCAGCAGCAACCGUGCAGAUACUGGAUGAUUCAGCAACGGUCGACGUCAGUGUUGACGAGAAGGUAACCUCCUCUGAAUUAGCUAAGCGGGACGAUGAAGAACGCCUUCCAGACUGCAUCCAACGAAUUAACAGCCAAGAUCUUCUGGACACUAUCGACGAACGUGCUGAUAGCGCGGCAAGCAAAGCAGCAUUGAAUCCUGCACCAGAGUCAAGAAAUUACAGCUCGAUUUCUCGACAUAAAUACGUUCGUAGUCGCUUCCAGCAUGACGAGAGUGUGGUGAAAGAGCGUGUUUCCAGUUGUCUGGCGCAACUUGAGCAGUUUUCGAGUCGGUUUGGUGUUCCGCCGAAGAGUGUUCGCUUAUCCGAGGGCAAUUUGCAGAUCGUCCAGCAGGCUCUACAUGGCCACUUGGAAGUGUUGCCCACUGAUGUAUUGUCACGGAUGGUGGAGUGUGAAAAUGCCGUUAACGCGAUAAUCGAGAAGGAGUGGAUACCAAUGGAGAAGACGCGUCAGCAAGCGCUGGAGCGGUUUAAAGCAGAGACCCGGGUAAGAUCCGAGAUCAGUCAAGGGCUGGUUCGACAGGCAAUGGCAAGUUUUGGGGCUUUGAUGAACGCAAAUCAACCGAGGGACAUUGAGAGCAGUGGGCAGGUAGCAACAGUCGAUGCUGCGAAUGUCGAGGAAUUGCCGAUAGAACGACAGGAGGAUGAAGACUCAGCUCAUAAAGCAGCUGCCGAUACACAAACUGACUCAGGAACGGCACCAGUUCGCCGAUAUUCUGCGAAUAACCAGCUCACCGUGGUUGUCGGCGGAGAACCUACAACCGCAGAUACAGCCCAUCUUGCUGGUAGUUUUGAGGAAGCCAAAAUGUGGUCACCAAGUACCAAAUCUGCGAUUGAUACAACCGAAGUAGAGGAGCAAGCCCAGCCGUGCGAAGAACAAGAAACUAUUAACGUGGAACACCUCAAAUGCAACGACGAGGCAUCAAUAUUGGCGGAGACAGCAGAGUCAGAAAUCGAAUCUCAAGUGAUGGUCGAUAAUACUUCAACUGGAGACUUGGAGUUUUCAGAAGCUUCGGACGCCGGCCUUGAUACAUUAGCACACCAGAUCACGUCAAUAGCAGUAGGUGCAGGUACGGACGACACACGAAGAAGUGAUGAAGGGGUGGUCGACGCCCCAGCAUCCUUGUCACUUGAGCUUCAAGCUGUGUCACCACAAGAGAACGACGAGAACAACCGUCGAGUGGAAUGGCAGCAUGAAGAGCAAGAAAUGCAACACGAAGGUUCUCAAUGGCACCUUCCUCGCGUCGGCUCUUCCUCAGAAUUGGGAAAGCGUCCAGUUCGUACCGACAGCUUAAACUUACCCCGGUCUACAGACUCCCUGCAGUCAGACCGAUUGUCAGAUGUUCAAGACAUGACCAUCGACCCUGCAUCAAGGAACGACCACGUCCACUCAACGGCAAUGUCGUCCAACAUGUCGUUCGGCACGAGCAUUGUGACCUUAGACGAGAGUGAAUCCGUGGACUCACCAACUAGAAUAAUGGAACUUGUCGAUGCUGUUGACGAUGGGGACGCAACAAUUACCAAAGAGGAGUCUGCAUCUUCAAUCAGCCGCGAGUCUCCUCCUGCCACCACCCAAGACGAUCAAAUUGACAGCGUAAUGAGCUUCGACGACUCGGAUAUCGAAGAGGUAGUACUGACGUAGUACGUUGUAACAAGUCUAGGAUUUUGCAGUCUAACUUAAGCCGACUUGAUGGAAGACAUGCCGCCCGCCUGCUUAAUGAGUUGCUCCGUCUUGGCACGGUACUCCUCGUACUUGGCCUGGUCCUUCGGGAUACUCUCGUCGCCUUUCUUGUACAUCACAGCCAGGUUGUGGCACGCAGGGGCAAAGUUGGCGUCACAAGCCUUUUCCAGGUAUGUCUUCGCCUGCUGAAUGUCGCGCUUGAUCGGGCUGUUUGGUCCUGGACGCAAAUACAUGGUCGCCACGCGAUUGCAGCUAUUGGCGUCGUCACGCUCACAUCCCUCCUUGAAAGCCGCAAGAGCUUUAGGGAAAUCCUGGACAAAAAAUAAAUCGUUAGUACUGAAUUUUUGUAUCGGUCAACAAUUCGAUCUGUUCCGACCUUCUCGCAGCCAAUACCCUGUGUACGCAUAAAGCCCACAUGGUGACAAGCAG